UUCGUGCUAGCUUUUUAAAAAAUAUUAUAAGAACUAGUUGAUUUAAGGGAUUAUUUGCUUAAAUAUAUGCCUCAAAACGAAGUAUUAUUGUAGAUAAAAAAAAUAUUUUCAAGUUUUGCAAAUAAUGUAUGUAUUUUAAGAUGAAACUCUUUAAAUUAUUUAAAAAUACAUUUGCCAUGGCUGUUUUUCUAAGUGCUAUUUGGUUACUGUUUACUUGGAGUAAUGUGGGAAUGUUAAGUUUACAAAGUGAUACAAGAAGCAUUCCAGUUGCUGUAAAAAACAAGCUGUGCUUUGUUAAUUUCAACGAUGAGAGACCACACAUAACCAACAGCACAAGUUUGAAAAUGAUUUAUUAUGUGACUCCUACGUACCCUAGACCAGAACAAGUGCCUGAAUUGACGAGAUUGGCACACACCUUGAUGCAUGUUCCAAGAAUUCAUUGGAUUGUCGCAGAUGACCAGCCUUUAUGUUCUGAUCAAGUGUCCAGUGUACUCAGACGGACGGGCCUGCCUUACACUCAUAUAUCCAGCCCCAAACCAUUCAUUUACAAAAGCACAAAUUUCCCUCGCGGCGUUGCCAAUCGACGCGUUGCUCUCAAUUGGCUGCAGGAGAAUGUUGCUGAAGGAGUUUUGUACUUUGGUGACGAUGACAAUACUGUGGAUUUGCGACUCUUUGAUGAGCUUAGAAAUACUAAGAAGGUGUCUAUGUUUCCGGUCGGACUCAUUGGGGAGUAUGGAGUCUCGUCACCGAUAGUGAAGGACGGCAAGGUGGUUGGUUUUUUCGACUCUUGGCCGGCGUCGAGAACGUUCCCGGUAGACAUGGCGGGGUUCGCGGUGAACAUCGAGUUCCUGAAGGAGACCGCCAACAUGCCUUUCAUCGCUGGACACGAGGAAGACAGGUUCCUAGUUAGCUUAGACCUGAAGGUCGAGGAUAUCGAGCCGCUGGCUGCGAAUUGUACUAAGGUUCUAGUCUGGCACACCAAAACCGUAAAACACAAGAAACCGACUCUGAAAAUCAAUAUUAACAAACUAAACGCUAUCUCCAAAUAUCAGAAUUUUGUGAAUCUCCUCAAAGAAACUUCUAGGCUCGGCAUGGCCGACGUAAACGCGGAAACCGGUAUCAAGUCUUACGUCACUCGCAACAGGAAGACGUCAGACACGCUGGCCGAUAUCCAAUAGGGGGGCCGGACGGCUACCGCUUAGGUCCAGUUACUGUAGUUGGCCAAAUUGAAUUCGAUCCGGCCCUUUAUGAUUUCCAGAGUAGUUGGAAUAUUCUUGCAACUUUUAUUUCGUGUGUGGUCCAGUUACGGCCGUGUUUUCGUGCACAUCUACAGCACAAUAGUUUACGAAUGAUAAUAGGUAUCAUUCCCCUUUUCUUCAGUAACAAAUAUUACGACAUAUUUAGAUGUUUACGUGUUGAUAAAUGUCUAGUUAUUAAAGAAGCCGGCUUGAAAUGAUGAUUUGUAUUCGAGGAACAUUCGAUAGUUCUCUAUAUUAAUGUAUUUUAAAUGUAAAAAUAAGUUGUGAAUCUCAUUAAUUAUUCAUAAAUCUCACGAUGAUAUUACUCUGUUAACGGAUAAAGUUUUAAUGAAUUGGUCUGAACCAUUAUACCAUACGGGGUCGCCGCCUUUUGCUCUGUGUUAUACGGUCGAGGUGGUGGUGAUGCGACUCGACGCGCCACGGUGAGGCUCUGAUACGUCGUAGCCGGGGGCGAGUGUGUGUGCCGGUGAUGAGGGUAUAUGAUUAAGAAGUGAUAUAUAUGCUAAUAGUCUUAUAAUAUAGCGAUAAUGCAAAUCAAAUACAAAACAAACGGUCGCUUCAGCGUCGUGCCCAGUAUGGGAGCAGACAUCGCCCUGGUGUCGGCUGUUCGACCUCACGUUUACUUGAACUUACAAUAUUUUUUUACGUUAGUCAUCUUUAUUCAAGGCAAAUCGAGUGUGUUGCAUGAGUUUGUAGAAAUAUUAUUGUUAAAAUCAUUUACACGUAUAUUUAUAUUUAAAUAGUGAUUAUAAUUAUGUUUUAAAAAUAAUAACACGUUUUGAUGACAGGCGACGAUGAAACGGUUUAAAAAAAUCUAUUUGUAUAUGUCCAACGAAGUUACUGCCGUUCAAAAUUGCCCUGAAUGGCUUCGAGAGAAUUAUUUUACGCCGAGACUUGGCGGCAGAUAACAGUCAGAACACUUUUUCGGUCACUAAAAUCAUAUUUCUGUAAAUGUGCUACCGGAUACUGAGACACCCUGAAUACAUCUGAUCAAAGUACACUGCUGCCUUAAUGCAAUGGUAACAUAAGUACGAAAUAUACUGUUGUCAUCCUUAUUUGUUCGCCAUUGUACUUUAUCGUUCUUUGUCAUGCGUUUCGUUGCGAAGUUAAUAUUUGAAUUUAUAUUAUAAACAUAAUAUUUUAUCGUGAACCGUAACGUGAUACGUCGUCGAUUUUAUUUGUGUUAUAAAAGAUUAAUAUUAGUUUGUAAUACAAUAUAAUCGAAAAUUUAAAUUAGCGGGCGGCCUCGCUGUCUCGUACAUACGUGUAUUGUCUCGAGACAGACGCAAGAUGAAUAACUUGACACCACAUAAGUAUGGUUGAUUCAUUUCUUAUUCGGUUUUUUAUGAAAUAUAAUGUCUUUGACCCGCUUGAGUCAACUUGACCUCCCUUGUCGAGAUUUGAGAAAGCAAGUCUCCCGUAACACAUUCACCGGUUCAGCUUAUAUCGACUACGGCUAAACACGUACCGCUCAGAUUGGGACAAUCCAUAAAUAUAUAGUGGCUUUAAUGGUACCAAAGUCAAAUUAAUCAAAGUGUUGGAAAAACGACUAAGUACGAGUAGACAAUUUAAGACUGAGAAAUUAGAAACAUAUAUUAUGUUCAGAUGCGAUAGUUUGUUGCUUAUACGUAGAUUAUAAAUACAGUGAGUGUCUCACCUUUACAAACAUAACAAGAUUAUUAUCAACGAGUCAAAACAUAUUCGCAAAUUAUUUUUGAAAGUGGUGUAAAAUUAGACGGAUAAGGGAAUCGUUAAUAUUAGACAGUCAGAGUAAGUCGUAAGAAGCAGUAGUGUUGCUCGUUGCGUAUUUAUAAAUCUUAACAUAUAGUUCGACUUUUAAUUGUGUAUUUCAAGUGAAUCGGUUAUUUUGUUACAAUUAAGUGACCUUCGGUGUGCGGCAAUUUGCAAAGUGACCAGAGGUGGAGCCAUUGACUGCAUGGUUUGCAUUAAUUGCAAAAAAAACUAUCACUUGCAAUGUUUGUAUCCUUCGAAGAACAAUAAAGAUCUAUUAAAUGAUUAAAAAGUCCUUGAUUUGUCCAGAGUGCACAGUGACUCAGCCACGACACCUAAAAAGACUAUACGACUGUCCGCAAUGCCAGUAUAGACAACAUAAAUCUGCGGAGAGGCGGCUGAUCCACGGUUACUUGUUCGCCUGAUAAUUAUUUCAUUAAAUCCAGCGUGAUGGACUCCUCAGUUUUUUGUAAAAGCGUGUUCUAAUUUUAAUCAUUUUUGUAUCCCUAUUAACUUUUGCUUCUUAUUCGUAUUAGAUAUUUGUGGAAACUGAAUUGGUUAAUUUGUUAUUUAGUAUUUCUAUUAUAUAUAUAAAUAAAUGACUUACCCACGAAGCCGUUGCUGCUACUUACCAAUCGGUGGACGAGUAGCUCGUGCGAAUUCCUAAGAAAUCUAAGAAUUAGGUUCAUGGCUAAUAUAAAGAAAAGUUAUAAAGUCUUAAAUAUAAAUCGUUCCGUCUGUCUUUAAAACGUUUUCAUAUACAUUUUUGAUUAUUGCAAUUUGACAUCGUGUGUUUUUUAUGAAAGGAAAAUCUUCAUGUCGGUGUCCCUUUGAAAAGCUCUAUAACUACUAUUAAAUAGAAUAAAAUAGCAAGAAAAAUUAAACAUUUAUUAUAUACAUGAAAUAAACUAUAUUUUACAAAACAAAAUCUAAGACAAAACUCAGUUCCGCGGGUCACUUACAAAAUAAUACAUAAUUAUAUAUUUUCAUAGAUAUGGAAGCAGAACGGUGAAUUUAUUAGCUUAGCUAUCCACUAUAAAAUAUAUAAAUAGUUAUGACAUGUUACUAUAUAUAUGUACAUGUUAAAAUAUUAAAAUUUUUAAAACGUGUGAUCUUAGCUAGGUAAGCUAGAUAGGUUUUGAAAUCUGAUCUGAGAUUACAAGCAAGUUUUAAAAGUAAAUAUUAAAAUAUAAGGUUGUGUUGACUUUAAUAAGUAUUUAAUUGUAAUAUUUUAUAUAAUAUGUUUACAUAAUGUACUCGUAAAUGACUCGGUUUGAUUAAUGUUUAACUUUAAUGUGUAUACACUCGACGGUAUUAUAUGAGAGCAAUUAAUUGAUUCCGAUUUCAACCCUGUUUAUCAAAGAAAGGCCUAAAUGCAUUGUUUCAUAUACCGAUGUAUAUAAUGUAUGCCAAAAUGUAAAGAUCACUUCACAUUAAAAGGGAGUGAGCGAUACGUAGCCAAUAGAUGUGUCGGAGUCAGCAUUUAAAACUAAUGAUCUGAUUGUUGUUGUGAUAGUACAUUAGGGUGUCCCUUAUUUUUCGAACACAAAAAGAAAUUAACUUAACAUUAACUUAUGUUUUUAUGACAUGUUAUGAACUCAAAAUAAAUUUUAGCUCAUUCUGUAAACGGGAACCCGUGCCGACUUGCACCUAAACAGGCUCAUACUAGUGGUGCAGGACUCGAAACGCAUGUCUGUGCCUUCAUAUUGUGAAUUUCUGCAUUACACAAACAUAUUAUUCUUCUUUCUAAUGAUCGCAGUCCAACAACAAAGUGCUAGAAAAAAUAUUUAUGUAGUAGCAGACGGAAACCAUCAGAUAAUGAACACCAAAUUGCCUUAAUAUCGUCAGGUUUUACCGGUUUUACUUUUCAAUAUUCGGGAAGUUUAAUUAACUGUAUGUGCCAACUUUUUAAUUCGUGUAUGUACUAUAUUCUGGGAAAAGUUAAGAAUAUCAAAAAGAUCACUCAUUCACCACACUCUGUUAAAAAACUGGCGUCAAGAGUCAUGUGGUCUAUAUUCUAGAAGUUUUACUGAAAGUGAAACGACCCAAAGAAAGAAACGAACUUUUGUCGGAUGAACGUGCGAAAACAAUGUCUCGCACUUCUUUUAGAAAAGGUAGAAAAUAUAUCGUCGAAAUUAGUUACAAAUUUGGAUACAUGCCAGCUUAACAUAAGAGAUCCUCUCUUGAGACUGCUAUAUACUGCAGUGGGUCUCAGUAGUAGUGAAUUUGCAAGAACAAGUCGCCAGUACAAAGGAAACACGGACUUGGAAGGUCAGAGCGAGAUUUAAGGCUGAUUUUCAUAAUAAUAUAUAAAUAGUCCCGAAAUUGUGACAGUCGAUUCUGGUGGCAAGCUAACACCUGAUUAGGACCUCAGAGGUAAAAAAAAACUGUUAACUGUUGUUCUCGCUGUUAAUUUGUCGCUACAUAGUUUAUCAGGAACAGAUCAAGCUUUCGUUGUUUCAAACGUGCUUCGAAAUUGGAAUAUUAGUGACGAGAUACAAAUAAUAAAGAAUGUCUAAGUCGUUGUCUUUAGUUUAUGUAUGAAUAUUUUGUAUCAAAAAACAAAAUUAUUUUCACACUUAAAAAUGUAUGACAGUUUCUUGUAAGAAAACAUUUCUUUGUGGAAGGACAAUAUCGCCAGAAAGUGUCGCUUUCAGCACCCAAUCGACAAGUGUCAUCAUUUAAAAAAAACCGCAUUAGAGCAGUUAAGCUGAUACAAGAAUUUUACAGAUUAAUCACCGCUGAAGAAAAGCAGAAACAGUAACUGCUCCAAUGUGUGCAAGAGCAAAUAAAACUCUAUCCUGAUUGAAAAAAAAAACAGACUAAAAAGACAUUAUGCAGGGUAGCUUUGUGUUAGUUAUUAAUUUUAAUAAAAUAAUUAUUAUCUGAUGCUAUUUUACGUUUAUUUAGGCACUUCUUUAAUUUAUUGAAAAUAACUCAAUAUUUGAAAAAAUCUGAAAUUUCACAGUUUUAGUAAAACAAAAAGAUAUAGAAUAGGGGAUAUGCGUUUCAAAUUUCAAUUUUUUUUUUCGUACGUAUAAGGGACACCCUAACAUAUAUA